GGGCCCCGCUCCCGCCGCGGCCAGACGCUCGGCUCCCUCCGCACCAUGAUCUCUGCCCGGGGCGGAGGCUCCAUGCCUCCGCCGCCCAACGCCACUGCCUACUACCCCCCGCCUCGCGUGAAUCUGCCCUGCGGCGUGGAGAUCCUUCGCACUUACUCGGGGGCCUUCAUCUGCCUGGAGAUCCUUUUUGGAGCAUUUGUAUGGAUACUGGUUGCUGCUACAAAAGUUCCUUUGCCGCUGCUGCAGGGCUGGGUGAUGUUUGUAUCUGUGACGGCCUGUUUCACCUCCAUCUCCUUCCUUUCGGUCUUUCUCUUCAGUUAUCGAGAGAGAAUUGCCAUCGAUUGGAACCGUCUGGAUUUCCUUUACCACGCAGCUGUCUUUGUCUUCUACUUUGGGACCUUCUUACUGCAAACUGCCACAACAUCUUUGCACAGUCACCCCCUUAAGGUCACCUCCAAUCUUGCCUCCAACAUCACCACCUCUGGAGCGCUUCUAAAUGACCAUGAAUAUAAUUUGAGCAUAGCAGCUGCGAUUUUUUCCUUUGUAACAACAGUGUGUUACGGAUGCAGCACCACCCUUGCUUUAAGAAGAUGGAAACUAUAGCAUCGGAAAGAGGCCGACAGCUCCGCUACAUCCUAGCUGAUGUUGGUACCUGUUCAAAGAUCAAACAGAGUACAACUUCUCCAUCAAAAGGAUGUUUUGGAAUACAUCUGUAGUUUUUUUUUAAAACACUGAGAGAUACACACCCAACCAUGCCAUAAUUGUAUACUCUCAGGGGUGGUGGUGGGGAAAUCUGUGUUUAUGUUGAGAUUGUAUCGAAGCUGCUAUCUCAGUUCAGCAGCACCAUUCACAUGUCACAAAAGUGGGAGUAGUGUUUAGAACCAAGGUCUUGAAAACAGAAGGGAUUAUUAUCAGUUUUGGGUGCCAGAAGAUUCCUAGCUUGACAAGAAGUAGAAAUAGCAAUAGUGGCCUUUGCGUAUACAUUCAUUCUUCAGUGAAAAUAAGAUACACAUUUCUGUAAAAAAAACAAACACUCGUUUUCAGAUGAAAUCUUUUAUUUUCUUCCCCACACAGUGCUUCAGAAAUAACCCUCUGUCAACAGCAUGGUGGGUGACCAGGGCCCCAAGAUACCAACCAUCUUGUCAGGAUUUUCUCAUGUCCUACAUUUUUCUCCUUCCUUUUUUCCCCAGGUUCUGUCCCCGUUGUAAUAUUUUAAAUAUGUCGGCUGUGCAUGAGAAAUAAUAUGCUGACAGUCUCAGCGCAGCUUAAGUUUUUACGUUGGUUUUCAGUUGCUGAGUUGAUCUUCCCAAGAACAUUGUGCUCUAUAACUUACAGCCCCACUCAUCCCACAGUAUUAUCAUGCUGCCAUUAGCAGACAAUUGAAUGUCGGUGCUCUGAUGCUUAUAGGAGAAAUAAAAGGUCUUAGCAAACGUGUAAUAAAUCACAUACACACAAUCAAGAAAAAUGUCUAUAGGCAUAAUUAAUAAUGCAGUGCUUUUGGCUAAAACUUGCUUUAUAGUCCACCAUGCCCAACUCUCAGUAAUUUCAGCAGGAUUGACAUGAGUUGCCAAAUUUCAGGAUUUAAUCAUCCGUUCUUAGAGACAGAAGAUAGUCUAGUUCUCAGAGUCAUUCACUAGCUUCAGCUUGCAACUUUUGAGUCUUCAGCUAGGCAGUUGUAUAAUAGUAUUAUUUUAAAGUGCAAGGAAUAUAUUCACUCCGCAUUCUUAAAUUUUAAAAAAUGUGCAUGAUUUUUUUUAAGUUUCCUAAUUCAGAAAAAAAAAAUAGAAUGUUUUUCCUGGAUUUUUCAUUUUUCUUUACAAUUUUGGCUUUACCCCUUCCCCCUGAAAAUAUGUCUCUCAUCUCUGCCUAUCGUAUUUUUAUCUUUCAAGAAUUGCAGCCUGGUGAAUUGAUGUUGGGGGUUUACCAGAGUUCUGGUAAUCCAAAAUGGGUUUCCUAUCUGGGUUGUUAAGCCUUAGUAGCUUCGGGCGAUGGAUUAAGGCUUCUGUUCGUUUUAUGCUGAUGCUCAUAGAUAAGCUGGGCCAUGUUGAUCCUAAACUACCAACAAAAAUGGAACUUUUCAGAAAUACUGUAUCUCCAUCUUGAAAGAGUAAUUUAUAGCAGGAGAAAAUAUUUCAUGUGUUUAUGUUCUAUCUAACCAGAAUCUAGUUGUACCAUUGUUAGGAAAAGAUGUUUUCAGAAAAUAUUGUUGUGGCUUAUACAAAAAAAAAAAAAUCUGGGAGCAUGUCCAUUAGCGAAAUGACAAACUAAUGUCAUAAUUCGUUUUCUCUUGGUGCAGUAAAUCUGAGAAAUGUUCAGGUAAUGUGUUUAAAGUUUAUGUGCUUAUUCAAGGGAAACAUGUCUUAUUCAGAAGCUAGUUUUUACCUAAAAAUUUGCUAGUGUGUUAAGUUCAGAAAAUAGAUGGAUUGCCCAUCCUAUAUGUAGUUCAUUGAUACAGGUUUUGCUUGUACAAAUAUUAAGAAUCUGAAGUCCCUUUUUCUAUCUGGCAAGUAAGAGAAAGCCUGCCUGCCUCCCUCCCUCCCUCCCUCCCCCAAACUUUUACUCUAAACUCACAUUUUCUAAUUUAUCUUAUAGACUCUUUUAUUUAUCAUAUUUAGAUAUAGAAGCCAAAGGCUUCUUGUUUUUAUCUUAGCAAACCGACUAAUAUUACAGAAUGCCUCUAAUGCAUUUGUGUUCCACUUAAGAAAAUGUUUAUGCUGAAUUGUUCUGGAGAUUUCUUGGCUUCCUCUGAACCUCAGUGCUUUUGCUAUUUUAUAUCUGAGGUUAUAUGUUCUGUUUCAUUUUUCAGAAUGCAGGUUCUGGGGAACGAUCAUAUAAUUAGGUUAUUGUUUGAUACCUCCAAUAUAAUGCGUUAUUUUGUGGUGUGUUACUGUAAGUUGCUAUCAGGGGCAGAAACCAAACUUGAGCUAGGAAAGAGCACUUAAUAGCAGAUCAGAUCUUUUAAUAGGAUGCAUAUUGCUUGCAGUCUGGUUAUGGAAGAUCGAUCCAAACUCAAGUCAGAAAGUGGCUUUAUGUGCUGUUUUUCCUAUUGCAAAUAUGAGUGAUAUUAAAGGGACCAAAAUACAUUUGGCAGUUGAAACUAUUGUGUAAUUCAUGUCCAAUGUCAAAAGAAGGCUUUGUCAGCAAAGCAAAAUAAAACCUGUUUAGUUAAAAACAGGUUGGAACUGCUAGAUGGGCAGUUUUGCCAGAUAACACUUCAGCAGGCCUUAAUACAGAUGUUGUUACUACAACAAAGGUGGUAUACUAUAGUUCAAAAUCUCUUAAACCUCAGCUCAGUUGUUUUACAUUCCCUUUAUGCUUUUACUGGAAUCUGUCCCCAAACUGACCAAGCACCCUAGCAGGACAUGCAUCCUAGGUCCCAUCAGAUGGUGGUGUUUAGUUGUGGGACAGGCAGAGAUAAUUGGAGACAAGCAAAUCCACAAAUGACCAGACCCUCUGCCAUGAAGAGCUUUAUAGGUGACAACCAGCACCUUGAAUUGCAUCCAAAAACCUAUUGGGAGACCGUGGUUCACAAGGAGUAGCGAUACAUGGGUGUAUCAAGCUGUGCCCAUAACUCUCCAUGCUAACCCAUUCUACACCAGCUGCAGCUUCCAAUUAACAUUUUAGGUGUGGACAAUUUAUCAUAUCAAAACUGGAAAGGCAGAAAAAGAUUGGACAUUUAUAUCAUUAAAAGAACAGCAAAAAAGUUGA